GGGUUCUUAUUGCUGCAUUUGUUCUUUUUAUGCAGACAAUAAGGAUUGAUAGUCUGACGGUGGAAACUCUGCGGCCUUUAGGAAAGGUGAAAAUACAACCUAUACAUUUCAGUAAUUCACUUGAUCAAGGGAAGAGACUAGCAAUCACCCGCUGUAUAUUUCAUGGGCCUCGAGAUUUGACAGCGUCCUUCUCAGGCAUCAUUGAUGGAAACUUUGGCAAAGUGAAGGAUAUUGAUCAAAGCACAUCGGACUACCAAGUAGUUUUUCAAUCUUCCGUGGAUGUUAACAGUUUCGGAAAAAUUAAACUUCAGUCAGCAUCAACAUUUGAAUCACUGACUGUAAAUUUUGACCUCCCCCAAACAAGUAAAACUAUACAGACCAAUUUUCCUUUUACUAGCUGCAAGUUUGGAGUACUAAAGUUAAGCGAUGAACAAACAACCAACUAUUCUGCUAUUGCAACCGAGUGCGGAAAAAUUACGAGCAAUGAAAUUUAUCUUUAUUUCCCAGUUAAAUUAACUGAAUGGGACAGUGCAAAAUAUGCCGACAUAUCUAGUAGCUUCUAUCAUUCACCGGAAACCACAGCGAAUGUCGUAAUUAAGACGGGCAAAUUGGCUAAUGAUGGUGUUGACAUUAAUUCUCUCGACUUCUCCAUUCAGAACUUUUACGGGACUAAAUCGCCUUUGUCUAAUUAUCUUACUUGGUCAUUUCGGCUUAAAUAGCCAUCAGUUCACUCAUACACUUUGCUGAAUAUACACUAAUAGUUCUAUAUCAAAUAUAUAAAGACUUGGGUAGGUACGAAUGGGAGGGCAUCUAAACUUGCAAGUUUGUAAACCUUCACUUAAGGCCAUUAUAAAAUACACUCCAGUAGUUGAAGAUCUUAUCAUUUAUUAAAAAUCAUAUAAAAUC